CCUGAGUUCUGCCGAACCUCCGCUGCUAGGGAAAACCUAAUUGGACGAAUUUUUUCUGUUCAAAGAAAUUGAGGGAAUGGACGUGGAUCAUGAUCAGAGGAACUGCAACAACACUUCAGCAGAUGAACCUGUGAAGGACCGUCCUAUUCGGGUCUAUGCAGAUGGCAUAUAUGAUUUGUUCCACUUUGGACAUGCCCGAUCACUCGAGCAAGCUAAGAAAUCGUUUCCAAAUUCCUAUCUGCUUGUGGGAUGCUGCAAUGAUGAAGUUACUCACAAGUACAAAGGCAAGACUGUCAUGACAGAAGAGGAGCGCUACGAAUCUCUUCGUCACUGCAAGUGGGUAGAUGAAGUUAUUCCAGACGCACCUUGGGUGCUCACACAAGAGUUCAUGGAUAAGCAUCAAAUUGAUUAUGUUGCUCAUGACUCUCUUCCAUAUGCUGAUACAAGUGGUGCUGGGAAAGAUGUUUAUGAGUUUGUCAAGUCCAUUGGAAAAUUUAAGGAGACCAAACGCACAGAAGGAAUCUCAACAUCAGAUUUAAUAAUGAGAAUUGUCAAAGAUUACAACCAAUAUGUGUUACGCAACUUGGAUCGAGGAUACAGUAGAAAAGAACUCGGUGUUAGCUAUGUCAAGGAAAAAAGGUUGAGGGUGAACAGGGGUCUGAAAAAGUUGCAAGAGAAUGUGAAGAAACAUCAAGAGAAAGUGGAGGAAAAGAUACAAAAUGUUAAGAAGUACCGCAAUAUUUGGGUGGAUAAUGCUGAUCGGUUGGUUGCUGGUUUUCUUGAAAUGUUUGAAGAACGCUGCCAUAAAAUGGGAACUGCCAUAAGGGACAGCAUACAAGAACGCCUAUUGAUUAAGGGAAAUACAGAUGAUGAGGAUGAUGAUGAUUACUACGAUGAUGACAAAUAUUAUUACGAAAGCACUGACAAUGAGCACUAUGAAGAUGAAAACUGGGAAUAACAAUCAUUCUUGUUCUGUGGAUUCUCAGGUAAAGUUCACCUCUUCAAGUUUAGCAAUCCCCAGUUUAGACUUUCACUUCACUUUGUGUCAUGGAUAGCUUGUCUAUGGUUGAUGGAGUUGCUGCAGAAAAAAAAAGCAAUAUAGUAUUAUAGAUAUAAAUAUGUAUUUUGAACUUGGGUUUUUUCAUCGGGGACAUGAAAGUCUGGCUUGUUUCUUAAUGUUAUGAAAUUUAUUUGUGUGCUAAGUUGCCGUUUCACACACUAUCUUCUAUCUAUGUUAUCCACCUUGUCAAUGAUAUGUCCAUCUUUGUGCCA